UUUUUUUUGUCAAGGAAGACUCGGCGCGACAGGAGCUGGACGCGACCUUCUUGGACAGCUUCACCACAUAUAUGGUCGACUCGGAGCUCCACGCUGCCGCGGCGGAGGGAGACAUCAAGCGCUGCGCCACCCUGCUAGCCGGAGACUCGCCGCCGCUCCCCAACGCGCCCGACAGUGAGGGGAGGUCCGCCAUCUUCUACGCGCAAGUGCGGGGCCACGCCGGCGUUGCCAAGCUGCUGUCGACAAACGGGUGGACGCCAAUGCCCGAGCACAACCUGUGGCUCGGCGGUCCUGGGGGACGAGCGAUGUGGUGGUCUGCUGGCUCGUGGGCAGUGGCUCGUCCCAUUGCCGCCCAGCGCUCAAUCCCGUCUCAGCCGCAGAGCGGCCGGGCGAAGGCGUCCAAGCGGCUCGAGCGGCGCCUGUCUGGCCAUCGCAGCGGCCUCUCUGGCCGCUACGGGCCCUCGGGCCCUGCGCACCCUUGGUAUCGGCGCAAGACGGCCGGCGAGUCUGCCGCCGCUCGAGCAAACAAGAAGCCGGGGCUAAACGUGAGCGACGUGGCCGAAAUGCACAAGCGCACGGGCACGGAGCGACUCAUCGAGGCGCAACUUGACUUUCUGGCCAGGGCCGCCGCGCCGGCCUCUUGCGACGCGGCCGACGAGGGCGAGGGCGAGGCGGCGGCACCUCGCUCCAGCCGCACCGCCAUGCUGGGCGAGGUUGCCCGCGUCGUGGUCGCGAGGCGGCCCAUCUGGCUCGACGGCUCCUGGAAGGUCGUCGAGCCCGAGCCAGCCACCCGCGACGAGUCCGCCAUGCUCUGCGCGGGGCAGGAGCUGCUGCUCGGCGCCAUCUCGGAGGAGUUCGACGGCGAUGUUGAGUGGCCCGCGCUGGCCGCCGAGCGCGCGCCCCUGGGGUGGGUGCUGCUCUCAAGCGACGCGGUGGAGGCCGACUCGGACGCGGCGUCCUCGUUUGCAGACGCGUUCGAUUCGUGCUCCGACCUGGACAGCGAGGCUGGCGAGCUCGUGGACUUCGCGCCUCUCGCCCAGUCGGUGGCAGCAGGGGACGAUGCGUCGGCAUCAGGGGACGAUGCGUCGGCGGAGGCGGCGAGCGCGGCGCCGCCGCCGACCGCGGGCGCUUGGCGCGGGGCUGUGGCGACGCGCGCGGCCGUCGGCCUUGGCGGGGCGCCGGCGGUCUUUCGCCCAUCGGACGCGGCGGUGGCGGCGAGGGCGGCGCGGAUGGCAGUAGCGCCGGCGGCGGCAGCGGCUGCGGCGGCGCCGGCGGAGGGCGCGCCGGUGGCCGGCGAGGGCGCGCCGGCUCUCAGCGACUCUGCCGGGCUCAAGGACGCGCGCCACGUCGCUCGCGGCUCAAAGUGCAUGUCCCACGCGGCGGUGGAGAAGCGCGCGGCGGCCAAGGCGAAGCGGGAAACCAGGUGAGAAAGUCUCACACCAGCCACCAGGCCGUCCUCGCGGUGUCAUGGUUUUCGUUUUGACGACAACACCACUGUCCGUGAACGGCGCGGGAUUGGUAUUGGGCGCGUUCACUGAUCUCUUGUUCUUGACGGACCACGCACCUCGCUCUCCUCCGUCCUCAAAGCUCGCCCCUCGGUCUCCGGUCUCCGCGGCUCCCCCGUUUUCUUACAUCUUAGCGUUUUUACGACAAA